AGAUGUGUACUACAACUGUAUAUCGUCUUAGAUUGAGUUUUGAGUUUGUGAGGAGAGAUUGCGUUUGCACGUGAAAGUAAGAGCUGUUUUCACUUCCAUCGCCACCUCGUUGACUUGCACCAAACUCUUAAUCAUUUCAUAGGGUUCUUUCCGUUUCAUCCACAUUUUCUCUUCCAACUGUCAAACCGGGGUGUCGUUUUUAUGCAAAGUUCCACAGUUUAAGUUAUGAUUAGUGGGUGGUAAAACCUCGUGUUGAAACCUGGUUGUUGGUGAUGUUUCAUUAAUGUCUUGAAGGUUUUCCAAAGCUGUGAAGUUGCUGGUUCUUUCUUUGAACCGCUUGCUAAUUGAGUUUGUCAGCUGUUGAAAAGCUGGCUCAUGUGAAGACACUGAAAUAUAAAUUCUAGUUAUAAGAGUGAAGGUGAAGGAUGAGAAUGAUGAAUUUUCCAAAGCGCUAUCUGAUUGUCAUUUUAACAUUCCUUAGUACGUGUGUUUGCUAUAUAGAGCGUGUGGGCUUCUCCAUUGCUUAUACCAUUGCCGCUGAUGCUUCUGGAGUUAACCAAUCAAGCAAAGGCACCAUACUUUCUACAUUCUACAUUGGGUAUGCCUGUUCUCAAGUGCCUGGAGGAUGGGUUGCUCAGAGAAUAGGGGGAAGAAAGGUUCUCCUUCUCUCAUUUGUACUAUGGUCAUCAACUUGCUUUUUAGUUCCACUGGAUCCCAAUAGACCCUUAAUCUUGGUUGUGGCUCGCUUGCUUGUUGGUGUGUCACAAGGGUUCAUCUUUCCCUCCAUCCACACUGUCCUGGCUCAGUGGGUUCCCCCUCAUGAACGAUCUAGAUCUGUUUCACUUACAACGUCUGGGAUGUAUCUAGGUGCAGCUAUGGGAAUGCUUUUACUUCCAAGCCUGGUGAAAUACGAAGGCCCUGAAUCUGUAUUUCUUGCUGAAGCAUCAUUGGGUAUUUUAUGGGUGAUGUUUUCCUGUAAUGUAGGCAAUGAACAGAUCAUUGACCUUCAAAAUUCAAUGCAUAAAUUUAGCGGCGGGCAAGAUGGGGUCCCUGUGGCCAGCAGAGUUCUGUAG